AUGACUUCAUUUAGAAAACAGACAACGGAGCAGGCAGAGAGUGGGCUGAACAAACCACCAAUCCUCCGUCACUAUGGGGAUGCCAAGCCACAUGUUAAACACCAGAAGAAGACAGGAGGAGGAAGCGGAGGAGGAGGCAAGACCUGGCCUUACCCUCAGAUACCAGAGGUGAACCAGGAGGACCAGGAUUCACCGCGGCAGAAACUACACUACAGGAUAAAUGAUGGUUCCUCCUUCCUAUACUACCCGUCUGGUUUUGUAGCAGUGUGUCAGAGCCACUCUGGUCUGUCCUGUGGAGGGUUCUAUACUAACGUGUUCAGUGACCAACUCAGCCCUGUUACACUGGCCAGCAUCACCGCAGUAGGACGGGGCACCGUCACACACCCACUCAGUGGGACUGUUACUGCUGUGUGGGAUCAGCGUGGUGGGAUGACGUGUGACCCAGAAGGAGCUGUCACUAAGGAAUGGAUCUGGCAGACUGGGGUUAAGGAGAGGAUAGUCAUUCAGGUGUCUGAUCAGAUCUCAGUACGGAUGUUGAGCGGUACCUGUACCACCCUCAGCUUUAAGAGUCAGAAUGAGAGUGUCCAGCUCCCACUGUCCCCCCUGCCCAACAUCACCCCAACUAAAGAAGCCGCCUGUCUGCAGACUGAGGGGGCGUUCACCUCUCUGGCAGCCCAGGAGCUCUCCCUGAGUAAGAAGCACCAGAAGAACCAGGACCAGCCCAGAGACAGCAAGAGGGUUUCAGUGCGUUCCAGUGAGGUGCUGACCCGGGAGGUGGAGAAGCUGGAAGAACCCUGUCCCUUCAGGAGAGGAGGAGGACGGGCAGGACGAGAGCUGAAAAGACUCCAGAGAAGAAUAUGUAAUAUCCUGGACGACUGGCUAGAGUUCUACCGGGUCGCCACAGGUAUCAAGUGCCCAGAUAUAGAGCGGAUGUCUGAUGGUCCAAUGCGGCCCAGACUGAAGAGAGAGGGCCAGUCAGCAGCCCUGCCCUCCCUCCACCCCACCACAGGGCUGUCAGACAGUACCCAGGGUUUACCAGAGGGGGGAAGCACUGCGCUACUUGCCAGCACCAGACACCUGCCUCUGUCUGCAACUACAGAUGUCCUCCUGCCAGGCUCCACCCACAAGUUGUCAUGGACAUUUUCUCCAAAGAAGCAGGGCAAGGAGGGAAGAGAGGAGCCCCUUCAUUUCACACAGUCAGGGACCUUCAGAGUCCACAGCAACAUCAGACUGGAGUCUGUAGUGAUCCCGAGAUGCAGUCCGGAGCUCCGUCUCACUGCCCAACUCCCCCACUACACAUCCUCCAGUCCCUCCACCCCUUACCCCCUCUACAGCCCAUGUCCUGCCCAGCUCAGGGCCGCUCUCCUGGGGUUAGAGGGCCGGACUCACAGGCUGUGUCGCUGUCGCUCCAGGACCAUGCCAAUCCUGACAGAUCAGGAGUAUGAUGCCUUCAUCUGGGGCCAGCCCCCCCACAGUGAACAGAUCCUGGUGGUGUGUGUGACACGCCCGCACCAGACCCCCCUCGCCCCUCACAUCCCCUUGCUGCCCAAUGAGGACAUGCUGGAGCUGCUCUACGAGAGGAUGAAUAAGAACAGGACCAUGCCAUGCACUCAGGUUGAUUUACACACAUUUACAUGA